ACGCGUGCACAGUUUGAACAUCCGCCGCUUGGAUAUAAAAGCCCGCACGCGGUCCGACGUGACUCCCUGACUCUUCCUCCUCCCCUCAUCUCGUCGGAACCGUCUCCCCCUCGCAUUCGUCGCGGCACAUGGCUCGCAAAAAGUCGGCUGACCCUCCCCCUUCCCCCACCCGGAAAUCCCAACGCCUGGCCGCCGCCUUCAGGGCUGCCUCCUCAAGCCGUGCACCGUCUACGCCUAAAGUCAAGAACCGAGCGUACGAUGCUGUCAGGCGCGAGAACCGAGCCCGCGAAAUGCCACUUCGUAAAUCUGCGCGAAUCCGAAAUCUCCCCCCGGGUUCAGUCCCACCUCCCACGGGUUCGACGCCACCGCCACUCCCCUCCCGACGUCGCCAAGCAGCCCGCGAACCUGCCGUGGGAUACACUCCGCAGCGUGCGCCUGGAAUAGACCUCGACACGCCUCGAGGUAGGAUCCGCUGGGGUGACCCACGACCGACUGGGGCAAGCCUAGCCAAAGUUUCCCUCUCGGGCACAAAUUCUGCGCUGUCGGGGGUGAACGUUAGCAUGGGCAUUCCGAUCAUUCACCACGCUGAUAGGAAGAUCAAAUCUGAAAAGCUCAGGACAAUGGAGAUCACUUUCGGCGAGGAUCAGGGUAAACUCAACCUCGACACGCGAGGAAACUUGAUGCCGGUGGAACCUUCUGUCCAUGAGGCCUACGACAGGGGCCUUAUCGUUUUCUCCCCCACGCUCCCCGACCUGAUCAAAUUGUCCAACGCCCUCAUCAACAAGGAAGUGGACGGCUGGACCAAGCAGAGGCCUCCCUACAAGAACGCUCAGGGAUUCAUCCACCACGAAGACGUCUUUCCCCUAGACGGCACCGGAAGGGAAUACCACAUCCUCCCGACCGAGAAAUGGGAUCACGGAAGCCAUAUCUCGAUCAAGGCCGAUGGUGACAUUGAGGCUCAGCCAUACAAGAGCCCGUUCAAGGAAGGAGCGCCGCCUCUCCCCCUCGUAACAAUCCACUGCUCGCCCUACUUCGUCGUGUACAAGGCAUACCAGGCUAUGACCAAGAAGGGUGCCGUUCUUCCUCCGUACAUGUCAACAGAGGAGAGGCUCAUCCGCAAGAUCGGCGAGAUCCUGACCGGCAAGGUUGUUCCUCCACUUCCUAAGGCUUAAGCCCCUCGGCGAGUCUUCCUCAAGGCGAAUCUGCGGCUCCCUCUCUCCGUUCCGGCACUCGCUCAACCCCCCAACCUCAACCAACUCGGCGGUCCGCGCCAGGACCGCCGCCCCACUGUAUCAUAUCGACACUAGUACUGUAUAUUAGUCGGAUCGCCCGACGCCCUCCUUCGCAGCCAUCCCCUCCUUUGCACGCAUCACUCUCCUUAUCAAUGUACAUAGCCACUCAUUUAGCUGCAUGUAUCCUCAUCACCCACACUCGUUGUAUCUCCCACACUCACACUCGUUGUAUCCGUUUUCGCUCGCCAUUCACGAAUCUGAUGACCU